UGCCCUGCCUGUUCGGUGGAACGAGCAUCUUAAGCCAUCACCGGAGCAUAUCACCCAAGUCUUUUAUUGCAAUGCCGCUGACGGACUCGCGAGAUGCUUGACAUUCCACUGUGUUACAAGUCCGCAGAGAUUGGAUUAGGCCUACAGAUCAAGCCCUGACGAACAUGGAUUCCAAGGUUUCGGCACCUUCGCUCUAUGUCUCCCACUUCCUGUCAAUGUGGAAUGCCCGAGGUUUCGAAUUUGGUGCGAUUCUCUUCCUCGCAACGAUAUACCCCGGGACGCUCUUGCCUAUGUCGAUCUAUGCUCUAGUACGUGCUACGGCAGCAAUCGCUCUCUCCCCCAGCAUUGGCAACUUCAUUGACUCGAGCGAACGCUUGUCUUUGAUCAGAGUCUCGAUCCUUGGUCAACGGUUGGGUGUGGCAGCUUCUUGUGCCACUUUUGUCCUGUUGUUCCAACACAAAGAUGCUCUUCCGAGCCAUGUGGUGGUCUUGCUGCUUGUCUUCCUCGUCGUCCUGGCCUGCUUGGAGAAGCUGUGUUCAAUCAUGAAUACCGUUGCUGUGGAAAGAGACUGGGUGGUCGUAAUUGCCCGUGAGGAUGAUUCGGCGCUCCAAGUUCUCAAUUCACAGAUGCGGCGGAUCGACCUAUUUUGCAAGCUUGUGUCUCCAUUAGCGAUCGCGUUGCUACACGGCUGGUCACCUCCCAUCGCCGUCUGGUCGACUCUCUUCACCAAUGUGCUGUCCGUUGGCGUGGAGUAUCUCCUCAUUGCUAGGGUGUUCCACCAGGUGCCAGAGCUGGCCGAGCGCAGACGGUUAUCACAGCUGGAUAACCAAGAUCCAAGGGAUGUCGAGCUGUGCCCAGAUCAGACACAAUCACUUUUACAACCAAUCUUCUUUUCACGAUACCUUGCACCGAUUGGAGAGUCGCUCCGCAUUUAUGUUAGACAGACGGCAUUCUUACCUUCUCUUGCCUUAUCCAUCCUAUACUUGACUGUACUGUCCUUUUCAGGUCAAAUGACAACCUUCCUUUUGGCGACACCCAAACCCAAGAUAACAUCAACAAUGGUGGGAAUACUUAGAACCGUCUCCACAAUCUCAGAAAUCUCAUCGACAUGGCUGGCUCCGAGGAUGAUGUCCAAGAUCGGACCAGUCCGAGCUGGCAUAUGGUUUCUCUCCUGGCAGAUCCUUUGGUUGACUUCCGCUGUUGGUGUUCUGUGGACGGAGACUUCAAAAUACCCCUACUCAGUCAUGUCAAUAUUCAUCAUUGGGGUGAUUUUGUCCCGAUUGGGCCUCUGGUCUUUUGACCUCUGCGCACAACUGCUCAUCCAAGAGUCAAUCAGCCCGCCUCAUCGUGGCUCGUUCUCCUCGGUGGAGAUGUCUUUGCAGAAUUUCUUCGAACUCUGCGCCUUUGCUACAACCAUCGUAUUCUCCAAACCGGAUCAAUUUCGAUACCCGUGCCUGUUCUCACUUGUGGCGGUCUAUUGCUCUGCCGCGCUAUACGCCAAGUUUGUUCGCGACCGUCGUGGACAUCUCCUGCAUUUGCCGUCAUGUCUGAAAUCGGCUCAUGAUCGAAACGGACACGAAUAUCAAUCCUUGUCAAUGGAACUGGAGUAAGAUGUACGCUGCAAGCCCAGACACCUUUAUCACAAUCCGUCUACUAAUGCAGCUAAGACUGGGGAGGAACACUAGGUCAAAGCUGCGUAUCCGGAAGUAAUGCCAAAUGAAUCCCAAGGAGCAUCAGGAAAUUCACUGCUUGGCGUCUGACGAGGUAGAAGCAACCGGAUUUCCGAC